UUGAUUUUUUCUCCGAGAGAUGGCAGUAGUUUCUUGAGUUUCAACUGCACAGAGCAGUUCUAUAGAAUCUCUAGUUGCUAUCUACGUCGUUGUUGUGAUCUUAUUCUAUAACCUCACUUUUGUAAACGUUUUUGUUCAACGAUGGAUUCUUCAAAGGCGAGCAGAAGCAAACAAUCAACUUCAAUUUUCAAUGUGGAACAAGAUGCAGGUCAACUGGCUGAUCUGCUGGAUAUGUCCGAUUUGGAUCUGUCUGACCUGGAUUUGGAUGAUGAUGAGGAUGCAGACCCAAGCUUUUUACCAACCCCAAACAACACUACUCAGAUUGGGUCAACUGAAUCUGAUCACCACAGUGGAUCAGAAGAGAGCAGUGAGGAUGAAGAGACUCGAGGACACCAAGAAUCUAAUUUGUUGGUAAGCUCAUGUGGAGCCGGCUGGGGAAGCAGCCCUACUGGUGGUUAAUGAGACCGGGAUUGAUAACAAUGGGCUGUAUUAUCAACAGAAACUAACAAUAUACGGCAUUCUCCGGCAACGUUAUUUGAUGGAAUUUAUUCAUGAUGGCGAAAGAUUGUGGGUGGGGGUGACCUAUUCGGCCCCAUUCGAGCGGGACAAGAGAAUAAACAGAUUGCUGCGAUACUUCUAUUACCGUUGUUACUUCCAUGUAUUGCAACAUCAGACCAGAGAGCUCCAAAAAGAAGGAAGCCCUCAAAAUCUGAAGUGAGUGAAAGUUUUGCACUACA